AUGGAGCCGAUGGAGCUCGAGAGCGAGGGCCGUGUGCCUGGCCAGGCGGUCACGCAACGCUUCGUCCAGGAAUUCGAAGCAGCCCGGAGCGCCUUCGGUGGCAAGUACUUCAUCCACUGGACUGCGGAGCCAGACUCGGAGGAGUUCUUCAAGUUCGACGUAGUUGACCGAGACAACUACAACGAGGCAGCCAGAUCGGGACAGAUUUUGAUCGACAGUGACAUCAGUGAGCCUGAAGAGGGGAUCGAGGUCUACGUGUACAAGAAUGCAGAGGCAAGGGCAGAAUUGGCAAAGACCGUCCUGAUUCAGGAUCUGGUCAUCGUGCCGAAGGAGCUGCAAGACGCGAUCCGCGUCAUCCAGGCAACGCCGUUUCCUCCGUAUGAGGGUGGUACUGAUAGGUAUGUAGGAUUGAAGACUAUUGUCGAAUAG